UGUAAGUGCGCAUUCUGUAUUAUCAACAUGUCGUAUUAGUGUGUGCGCGCGCGUCACUGUAAAAAUAGCUUAUAAAGAAUCACAUAAGCCGACAAACGAGUGAAUUUUUCGGAGAAGGAAGAGAGGGUGUUUCUAAAAUAAUGGCAAGACUUCAGAGCUGCUCUUUCACUGGCCGUGGACGAUUGUAUACACCUCUUCCCAACUACCACCACCACUACGAGUAAUAUUAAACACCGAACCACCAACAAACCAGUUCUUAAUACUUGACUUUACCGGUAACGCUUCUUGUUGCUGUUGGGACGUAUACACACCAACAUAUAUUUUAUACAAUGUUUAAACUAUGUUCUUUCGGUCGUUCCUUCCCUCUUUUAUUUAAUUAACUAUUUUAUUAACUUUAGUUAAUUAAUUUUAAAAGAGUUUUUAAUUAUUAAUUUCUUUGGGGGGAAGUUUUAUAUAAAAAGUUUGUGAGAAUCAAAAUUUUUCUUUUCUGCACCUUGCUUAAAAGAACUCCCUUUUUUUCUUUUUAUGAGGUAAAUUUAGUUCUGUUCCCUUUUCUUUGCUUUUCAUUCAAAGUUGGGCUAAUCCUUUUUCACACACACACACACAUUUGUAUAUUAUCAAUUCUUCAUUUACGGGCGAAAUUUGGAAUUUUUGAAAGGGGUAUUAUUUGUACAAUUCUUCUCGCCUACUUCGAAAAACUACUGUUCAAGCAUAUGCACGUAUAAAUUAUAUGAAAUACUCUUAAGAAACUUUCAACAGAAAGACAGACAGAAAUAAAGAAAAUGGCAACGCCGGAGAAGUCGAAGGAAUCUUUGGACGCUGACCUCAAAGAACUUGAGAAAGGUAUCGUUAUGAAUAAGGUGAAACAUGGAAACCAAUAUGAACGGAUCUACGUCCUCGACCGAGAAAAAAUGGUGCUCCGUUAUGAAGGCUCUACCAAAUUUUUCCGCAAAAAAAAUCCUGAAAUUGCUCUACACAACAUAAUUGAAAUUCGAUUGGGAGAGAACUGCCAUACGAAAAGAUUUCGAAACCUAAACAAAGAGCAAUGUUUUAGUAUUGUGGUUGGUGCACGCCAUAAUCUUGUCACACUGAUGAGUCCGAAUGAAAAUCUUAGAGACAUGUGGGUACGAGGACUUCGUCAUGUGAUUGCCUCUGAAAAAUCUGCCCAACAAGAGAGAGAAUAUGACAGAUGGAUCAGAGAUGCUUUUCUAAGUGCUGACAAAAAUUCUGAUGGUGAAGUGGAUUUCGAUGAACUGGUUAAAUUACUGAAGACCCUUAAUGCACGCAUGAAGAAGAAAUACAUUUUGCAGAUUUUCAAUGAAGCUAACACAGACAAAACUGUCAACCGUCAUGGUAAGCAAACUUUGGAUAGUGAAGAAUUUGUGAAAUUCUAUCAUCUUCUCACUAGGAGAAGUGAACUGGAAGAAUUGUUCAAGAGGUAUGUGCGUGGUAAAUCAUACCUAUCUUCAGGAGAUCUCCUCAAAUUUCUAAAGCAACAACAAAAGGAGAAGACUGUCACUGAAGAUAUGUGUAAAGAAUGGAUUAAAAAGUUUGAACCAGAUCCUUGCUUCAAACAACAAAUAAGACUAAGCUUACUAGGCUUCCAGUUGUUUCUUGCCUCUCCAGAACAGUCCAUAUUUAACCCUGCUUGUUUGCAGGUUUAUCAGGAUAUGAAGCAACCAAUGAUUAAUUAUUUCAUAAACUCCUCCCACAAUACUUUUUUAACCCAUGCAGUGGAUUGUUGGGAUGGAAAUGAUGAUGAACCAGUUAUUUAUCAUGGACAUACACUUACCUCGAAGAUUCAGCUGGAUAAAGUUCUAAUCGCCAUUAAAGAAUAUGCCUUCAAAACAUCUCCUUACCCAGUAAUCUUGUCUAUUGAGAAUCACUGUUCCCUCACACAACAGAAAGUCAUGGCACAUCAAAUAAAAACCAUUCUUGGAAAUAAUCUUUACAUUCAUGAUGACAAUGCCCCAUGUCCAUCGCCACAUGAUCUAAUGAACAAGAUUCUUCUAAAGAUGUCGGAUGAAGUGUUACCAUCAAUCCCUUACCGUAAGAGGAUCAAGGAUUUUAUCCAUAAUGGGAUUCCUACCUUUGGCCAGGGUAAGAAACUGCCACCCCUCGCUACAGACAAUGAUGGAGUCAGCGAUGAAGAUGAAGCUGAAGAAAUGGAGGAAGAGAAGAAGAAAGCUGAGGCCUCUAGAGAAGGCAUUGAACUGCCAAAAGAGGAGAAGAUUCCAAAGAAGGUGAAGUUAGAGAAAGCACUGAAUGAACUCAUAGGAAUUCGAAGCCAAAGGUUCACUUCUAUUGAAUAUGCUAUAGAGAAUGGUGAUCCUUUCAAAAUGACUUCCAUUGGAGAGAUGAAAAUGUGUAACUUAUUGGAAGAUAAUGUAAUUGAAGACAACCGUAAGCUGACCAAAGCAAUUAUGGUUAGAACAUACCCUGCUGGUCUUCGUACCGAUUCCAGUAAUUAUACACCAGUAAUGAUGUGGAAUGUUGGCUGCCAAGUUGUGGCACUUAACUACCAAACAGAAGACAUGCCCAUGCAACUCUUGUUGGGAAAAUUCUUGGAUAAUGGUGGAUGUGGAUAUCUUCUGAAACCAGACUUUUUACUAUUAGGUAAAUCUGAAGUAGAACCGUCCCAAGCUAAAUUAUUGUCCAUAAAGAUAAUCAGUGCUUACCAAUUACCAAAGCCAUCAGAGAGUUUUAAAGGAGAGGUUAUCGAUCCCAUUGUUAAGAUUGAGGUUCAUGGAAUGGAUGAAGACAAAGCUGAGAAGAAGACCAGAGUCAUCAGGAACAAUGGUUUCAAUCCUAGAUGGGAUGAAGACUUUGAAUUCAGAAUCAAUCACCCUGAUUUAUGUAUUCUUCGUUUCUCUGUCAAAGAUUAUGACUUAGGAGGAGAUGAUUUCAUUGGUUAUUUCACAAUUCCAUUCAACUGUAUGCAAGAAGGCUACCGACAGUUUAACCUUAACAACAAGAAAAACGAAGUAAUUUAUAAAUCAAUGUUGUUAUUCCACAUUGAUAUCAAACCUAUAUCUUAAAAGGUUAAGGUUCAACAAGAACCGAAAUGUCAACGACAAGCCCAUCAUUUGGAAGUUGGAAACGUAAUAGAAAGCGCUUUUGUACAAAUAUUAACAUAUUUUAUGCCUUUUGACAUGGUUUUGGUUUAUAUCUGUCAAAAUAACUCAACAAAAAUCUCCCUAAAGACAUUUCAUUUUACUCGCAUUUUUUAUAUUAAAGACUUUUUAAAAAUUUUGACUUUCUUUUCUUUUAUUAAUGUACACAAUUCUUACUUGUAAGAGCAACCGCAAAUGUUUGGUUUAUUUCCAUAAACAGAGUAUGAUAAAAUUGUAAAUUUGCUUUUCUCUUUUUCGAUUGUAUGUUUUAAGAUAUUUACCAAAAAUAAUUUACAGCUCAAUUUUGUAAAUAAAACAUCUUUAAAUAAAACAUCUUUAAAUGUUCAGAUGA